AUGAAUGAACAAAAAUUAAAGAAGCAAAAAUUUUUGAAUAAUUUACAACAUAAUAUUUGUAAAAAUUAUAAAUUAUAUCACAGUGAUUUUUAUGAUGAGUUCGAUAAAUUUCUAUUUAACUAUAGUGUUGUGUUAUUAAACCCUUUUAAAAAAAAUGAUCUUUUAUGUAGUCAAUUAAACUUUUUAAGUUUCACGUGUCACUACUUUAGUGAUUUAAAGGAAAUUAAACAAGAGCUUGAGAAAGAAGAAGAAGAAGAAGAAGAAGAAGGGGGGGGGAAGGGUGAUAAUAAAAAUAUGUUUACAAGUGAAUAUGAUUUUGAAUUUAGCGACAUCGAAACAGAUGAUGAUUUAAAAAGUGAGAAUAAUAAAAGUGAUGAUUUUAAUGAUAUAGAAAAAAAAGAUAUGUUAAAUGAUGCAAAGGUCGAAAGAGAUACAUAUGAUGAAUACAAUGAAUUAUUAAACAUAAAUUUAGAAUUAAAGAAAAAAGAAAUAUGUAAUAAUAUUAAUAAUGAAAAGAAUAUAAAAGAUAUUGAGGAAGAAGAAGAAAAAAAAAUUCAAAACAAAAAAGAUACAGAAGACCCUUUAAAUAAAUAUCAUGAUUUAAAUGAAUAUAUAAACUUUUUAAUGAUUAAAAAUAAAGAGAAAAUAAAUUUUGUAGAAGAAUUAUUUUUUUUAAUUACACAACUACUAAUUCAUUUUAAACAUAAUUUAUAUAAUUCUGUUUUAUUAAGUAUUAUAAAAACAUUAAAACAAAUAAGAAAAUAUGUAGAUAGUAUUAAAUAUUUACAAGUCUUUAUUUUUUUAAGCGAUAUAAAAAUUAAUAAAAUUAAAUCCUAUAUUUUUAAAUGUGUCAUGGACAAAAUUAUUUUUAUACAUAAAAAUAAAAAAGUAAAUAAAAUAAAGAAUCAUGUACAAAAUAAUAAUUCAGUUACUAAUAAAAAUAAUAAAGAUUUAAAAAAUGAUAUCCUUUAUUUAUUACAUGAAGCAUUUAUAGAAUGUGGCCAAAAAAAAAGAAUACGAAAAAAAUAUUCUUCAUCGAAUUUUAGUUAUUUUAAUAAUAUUACCAUAAAUGAAACUAUUAAUAAUUUUUCAUGUAGUGUUUUAAUAGAAUUAAUCAAGAAAAAUAUUUUCGUAAAUAAAAUAAAUGUAAACCUAAUUAGUGAAGGUAUCUUUUAUAAAAAUUUAAAAAUCGUAAAAUGUGUUUGUUAUGCUCUUCUAGGAAAAUAUGAUAAUAAAGAACUGGUUGUUAAAAUUGAAAAAGAAAAAAUUGAUAAAAAUAAAAAAAUCGAAGAAUUAAAAAAUAUAAGUAAUCAAACACAUCAGAAAUUAACAAAAUCAAAAAUUAAACAACUACAUAUAAAAAAAGAAAAAAUUAUGGAAGAAAUUUAUAAUAAUCAUAAUUCAUCAUCAGAUGAUGAAAAGGAACUUAUAGGAACAACAAAAAAAAAAAAUCGAAAAAAAAAAAUUGAUCUAUCAAAUUAUGUUAAUUAUACAUUUAUUGAUUUCUUAUUUGAUCCUUAUACAUAUUCAUCCAAUAUAUUCAAUUUAAUAUGUUCAAAAUAUCAAUUUAAUAAUGGUACCAUCAAAUUAUUAUUAUUAAACAUUUUAUGUAGAAUUUAUCAACGCAAUAAAAUUAUUGAAGAGAAUUUUUUUUUAUAUUAUGAAAAUGUUUUAUUACAUUUAAAAAAUAAAAACACUAUUUCAAGGUAUUUAUCCAUAUUUAUUCAAUGUUUACAUGAUUAUAUUCCUACACCUUUUAUACAAAGAAUUGUUUGUGUGCUAAUCAAAAAAUUUUUAUGUGAACACCUGUCAGAAGAAUUUGUAUAUCUGAUUAUUAAUUCUAUCAUAGAAAUUAUUAUCAAAUUCCCAAAUUGCUUAAACGAAGAAAUAUUUGAAGCAGUUAUUGUUUUCAAAGAUUAUAAAAAUAAACAAAUUUCAACCAUCAUAAGGAGAUUUAUUAAUAUUUGUAAACAUGUCAAUCCACAAGUGUUACAUAAAAAAUUUUUGGACAAACAAACAGCCAUUUUGGUGCAAAAAAAAAAAAUUCUGAACAAGUCAGGCGAAAGUGUUCAGGAAAAUUCCUUGUUGCAAUAUUCCUAUUUGCUUGGAAAAGUUGGGACUGAAAAGAAGAAGAAGAAAAAUAAUAAAAAGGAAAAGGGUGAAAAUAAUUUGGUUGAUGGUAAAAUGAAUGGAAACGAGAUGAGUGAUGAUGAUAUUAAUGAUGAUAAUAAGGAUGAUAAUAAGGAUGAUAAUAAGGAUGAUAAUAAGGAUGAUAAUAAGGAUGAGAUAAGUGAUGAUAAUAUUAAUGAUAAUAUUAAUGAUGAUAAUAUUAAUGAUGAUGAUAUUAAUGAUGAUGAUAUUAAUGAUGAUGAUAUUAAUGAUGAUGAUAUUAAUGAUGAUGAUAUUAAUGAUGAUGAUAUUAAUGAUGAUGAUAUUAAUGAUGAUGAUAUUAAUGAUGAUGAUAUUAGUGACGAUAAUAUUAGUGACGAUAAUAUUAGUGACGAUAAUAUUAGUGACGAUAAUAUUAGUGACGAUAAUAUUAGUGACGAUAAUAUUAGUGACGAUAAUAUUAGUGAUGAUAAUAUUAGUGACGAUGAUGUGAACAGAAAAAGAAAAAAUAACGAAAUAGAAACGAAUGAUAACAACAAAGAUAAUACACUAUUACAUUUAAAUAAAAAAUUCAAAAAAGAGAAAAGAAAAGAAGAAAAAAUAAAAAAAGAAUUAGAUAUAGUAGACAAGAAUAAAAAGAUUUUAUGUGAACGAAUAUUAACAGAUGAAGAUUUUAAAAAACUAAAAAAAAUGAGAGAUUAUAUUGCAAAUAACAAAACAGUGGUAUUAUCAGAAUUACAAGAUAUAUGUGAUGCUGAAGAAAGUGAUGAAGAUUCAUCAGAUAAUAGCUCCGAUAGUGAUAAGGAAAAAAUUAUUACAGAAGAGGAUUUAUUAUAUAAAAAGAAAUUAAAGAAAAGUCAAUUGAUGAAAAUAAAAACAAAUAAAAGUGAAAAUAAUAGAUUUAAAACGAAUAAAGAAAAGGAAAAAAAAAAAUCAGUCAUGAUGUUAAUACAAAAAUUUAAAGGAAAAAAAAAAAAAAAUGCUUUAACCGAAUAUGGUAAACUUAAAAAAAAACUCAAAGGGAAAUUGGCCGCACGAGCAAAAAAAAAAGGAAUACUUCAAAAGAGAAUAGCCAAAAAAUUGAGCAGAAGAAAAAGAUAA